CUUAUUUUCUAAAGUACUCUUAUAAGAAAAGAUGUAUUUGUAAAAAUGGUUUCCUGUGUCAUGUAUCUGUGCAAUCAGAGUUGAAUUUUAAACUAUUCUUGUAAAAUCUAGUUAUUUUGAAAGAUUUAUAUAAUGAAUUCUGGCUAUCUGACCAAUAAAACCUAAUGAAACAAAAAAAUAAAAAGACAGUGGAAAUGAUAAAGCUGAACAAGCAAAUUAAAGCUCAAAUCCAGCAAAACCACUAAUGCAGGAAAUCAGGCAGUUAGUCAGUGAAAAGUUACAUGUCCAGGCUGAAAAUAAAUUCUUGAUGGAAUACCUGACCAACAAAACCAAGGAAUACAGAAGGCAACUUGAGGAGUUGUGAAACAACUACAUACAAGAAAGUGGAUAGAUUGAAUGAAGGAGACAAGAAUUAGCCUCCAAAUACACAAAACAAACUUAAGAGCUUAAAACACUCUUGCAGAAAGAACAGAUCUAAUCCAAUAUGAACCAGCAGUUGCAGGCAAUGAGGGAUAUAUCACUAUUAAAGGAAAAACGAGAGAUAAAUUUAGAUUACAAGGAGAAAAAGAAAACCCAAGAGGAGACAGCUGCAAAGCCACAGGAAAUCCAAGCCCAGUUCCUUCAGGCAAGAACAUUACUGGAAAGACAACUGAGUGAGCCAGACAUUAGGCUGUUGGGAAGAAAAACAAAGGAGCUUAAAAGGAAGGCCCAGACCUUGGAAGUGGUUGCAGAGAAACAUAGUUCUGAGUUCUACCAAGGCAUCUGCAGAGAACCAACUAUUACAGAAAGAAUAAUUAUCAAUCUCAGUAAUGCCAGGAGUUGCAGACUGCUCAAAGCCUGUUAA